AUGUCGAGUGCUGAGGGUGCCUAUGUGCUCGAGGCGAUCAAUGCGGCGCGAAAAGGAGAUGUAUACAGUAUGCUAUGCUGUCUUCUUAUACAAGGCCAACAUCUUCGGGCCUUCGCUCGCGCCGAGCACGUCCGAACCGCCUCCCUGGUGCAGCAAUAUAUUCAUGCCCUUGAGGCUGCUGCUACCAAUGAUUGUCAUGUGGCUUGUCCUUUUGCAAGCCUGCUAAAACACAUGUGGAUGUCUGACAGGACGUUGUCUACUGCUGCGAAUCAUAUGAUCAGUCUGUCAGGCCAGUGUGAUGCGCUCCAGGACACCAACCUAGCUGAAAGAUAG